UCCUGUGUUGCUGCUCAGUUUGGCCACACCGACUUGUGCGUCUAUUUUGGUACCCUCUGAGCUCGCUAUCGGGACCCCUGGCCACACCAGUGUAUUUGAACAUGGAUCUGAGGGCUUGACUCACUUUGGUUAUUCUGAACUGGAUUCUACAUUGAGGAUUUGUGUUUGAUGCCAUAGUCUGGAUUGGACGGUUACAGUCAGCAUGGAAGAUCCAUCUUGAAGAUUACACAUCCCACCACUUCCCUGAUGUCAACCUGAGCUGGAUUAUAACUGAGGGAUCUACAAGAGCUGUAGAGGAGGCAAGACAGGUGAUGCACAAGACAGAGAGAAGCUUCUCAACAUCAUGAGUUGUGUGGAUAAGCGACACAUGAGCCACCGGAUGGGGAGCAUGCUCCACCAUCGUUUCCCCAAUGGCUUCUCUGACUUGUUCAUGGACGAGACUGAUCGUGAGGUUAGCACCCUCACCGAUCGGGCCUUUCGAAGUCUCUGCGUCGGAGAUGACGCGGUUUACAAUGAUGAGUUCUUGUAUGGAUAUUCACCUUUCAGUUGCCACAAACCUUUGGCAGGGGAGCCUCUUAAAAAGACUCACAAGGACUCUAAAAAGCAAGGGCAAAACAAAAAUGACAAAAAUUAUGCCCAACCUUGGAAACAGCAGCAACAGAAGAAUAUAUCAAACAUGUCGUCUUUCCUCAAAGCAUUCAGUGCCACGGAGAAAAGCUGUGAGGGAAUGUUGAUCAAAAAUGGAGGUAUGACGGACUCUAACGGGGAAUCAUGGGAUAAGUCUGCACUCCGCAGCAUCCAAAGAGAGCUAUCGGAGUUCUCCUCGGAUUAUCACGCCAAUCUCACAGACGGACAUUACAAGAACCAUCAUAGGCAUCACUCUGGUAAUGGUUCGUCAAACAAAACAGGCAAAGAUGCUGCCCUUCCCUCAGGAAAAUCAAAGAGCAAAAAUGGGAAAUCUACAGUGAAACUAAGGAAACUUAACAUCAAAAACUUUUUCCUCCACAGUGAGUUUAGCCCUUUCCAAACAUGGAGAGACUUUAACCAGUUCCCCUUUGGCCAGGAGGACAACUCUAUUCUCCCCACAGAUAAUAUCCCUAAAUGGUAUGACUUGCCCUUUUACAAGGAGCUGACAGAGGCACACAGAAAAGAGACUCUGCAUACAGAGGAGGUGCAGUCAUGCCAGAAAGCAGCAGUUGAGCCCACUCCUCCCACUGCUCCUAAACCCAUCCCUCCCCCUCCACCGCCGAAGGUCCUGCCAAAGCCCUCAGCUACUCCGGCUGAAAAGAGGUGCUCAUCAGAUGUAGGGGAAGGGAAUGCUGCCCCCUGGAGACGCAACAGGUCCAGGGCAAAAAGUGUGAUUCCAGUUAAUCAGUCUGGGAUACCACCUCAGGAAAACAGUUUAAAACCAGUGGAUGAAAGUCUUUGGCUGGUCAAAAAGGAGGCGAGAUCAGUGGAGGUGAAAGCAGUUGAGGAAGUCAGCUCCGUGGCAUCAACUCCCUUCAGUAUCUGCCAGCUGAUGACUCCACUUAUCCCCUCCAGACAACCGACAGAAACAUCAGAAAUCCUCCAAUCCGUCCUCUCGCCCUCUUCUCUCGACCUUCCACUGAGGCCACAUUCUGAGGCCAAACUGACCCCUGAGCCUCCAGUCAAGCGGGACAGUUACAAAUCACUCGCCUCUAGCAUCCUCUUCAACCUCAAGGACAACAGGAAAAGGGUGAAAAGCCGCUAUAGUCCUCCUAAAUUCAAAACGUUAGAAGUACCUGAAUGUGGCACUCAAUCUCCACAAUCAGAUAUAAAAUAUCCACAAGCUGGAUCUGAGGGCUAUGCGUCUGGCUUAAGUACUCCUGCCAUUUCAAAAGAUGAGCAGACAGUCUGCAGUCCUGUUUUGGAAUCAGUCAGUACCCCAACUGUCGUUCUGACUAAGCAGGACACUGAUAGACCUCUUUCGGAUGAUUAUUUGUUGUCAAAUCUACUGCAAACCAAAAGGGAGGUUGGUGAGGAGAAUCUUAUCCCCCCCCUUAUACACUCGAAAAAGACCAGGAGUCCCAAAGCUAAAAAGCAAAACUACCCUUCUCUGAAUUUGUACAAGAAGGCCAGCCCUGUUGAUAGUGAUAUGAAAUAUCUCCAAGUCCCUCUGAGCACCAAUGCUCCAAUAGACCAACCAAAUGAGCUUUUACCCCUCGUGCUAAACACAGACCUCUCUCUGACAAACACAGGGCUUUCACUGUAUACUCUGAAUGUCAACAAAGAUCAUUCACCCAUAAUUUCACCCCAUGCAUCUGAGAAAGAGUGGCUGUCAUCAAAUGAAGGGAAAAUGGCACCACAUGUAUCAGACAAAACAAAAAGACCUGACAUUAAAGAAAAAGACUUAAGCUCUAAGGAAAAAGAUACUAAUGGCCAAACCAUGAGUACAAUGGAAGUCAUCAGAGCAGCAAAGGAAGCAAUUAAUGCAGCCAAAAAUAAAGCUCUAUCAGCAGCUCAGUCAGAUAGCAUCAACAAGCCAGACACAGAGGAACUGAGAGGGAAAGAGAUAGAUAAGAAGGCCUUUUCAAAAGAAAUGUUUUGCAGCAAGAGUGAAAGUUCAGUACAUGCAAACAAUGUUUUAUCUCCAAGUAGAAAUGAGGCAACACCGCUUAGCAAAAAGGGUAAUGUCAAGAAAGAGCCCCCGCCAGUUCCAAAGAGAAAUUUUGCCAAAUCUGAUAUCCAACCCUCUCUUCUUGAAAAACAACAAACACAACCUGUUGACAAGCUAACUAAUGGUGAUUCGGCAGAUGCUAAAUUAGACUUACCUCCAGACGAAAAUGACCAGAAACAGGGUAAACUCAAACAUAUAUUCUCAGCUAGACAGAACAAUUACAUAAAAUGUCAGAGAUUCGCAGUGACGCAUGACGACCGAGGAGAGGAGUUUGAGGAAGGCAAGCUGAAAGUGAACACAAGAACGGAAGCGGAUGAGGGGACAAUGUCACCCAGAGAAAUGAGAGAUAGUGAACAUAUAAUCAAUGAUUUGCAUGCUUUGAAAGCACUACAGAGAGUGAAGCUUGGCGAUCGUGUUCUCGAGAAUGCAAAGAAAAAAUUAGGAAUUAACAUAGAUGAGGAGGCCAGGGUGAAGAAUGAUUUGAUCUCAAGGGAGUUAAGGAAUAUUAAGAAAGGUAUGUUGUCUAUGAGAGGGAACACGAUGGCUAAGAGAGACCUAUUUGCACAAAAAGAGAAGGAUCAGAGCAAACAGGAGACUUUCACAAAGAUAGACAGCAAUGUUAUAGUAAACAAAGCACUUCUAAAUGACAAUUAUGACAAAGCCAAAAUGGCACUUGAAGAGAUCAUUUCAGACAGGCAGAAGAGGAAGAAUAAAUCAACAGAGCAGGACGCAAAUCCAGUAUAUGAAGAAAAUGCAGAAGAAAUUUAUGUAACAAUGGUAGAGCAACACAAAAAAGCCACUAAAGACUCUCUGACAGAGGCCAAGGAAAAACAAAAUGACAACACUCCUACACUAAAAGAGAGAGACUUAAAAGAGAGGUUAGGUGAUCUAAGAGACCACAAUCACAUGAGGCAGAUCCUGUCGCAAACUGAACCUAGACUUGUUGAGAUGCAUAGAUCAGGUGGUAGGUUCCCGCUAGCUGUCAUGGACAAAAUGGAUGAUCCUGAAUCACAAGAGGUGAGACAUAUAGUGAGACAGAUAUCUGAAGAGAGCACAGAGAGUCUGGUUAACCAAAAUGAAGGCAAAAAGGGAGACGUUCCUCCUGUUCCUCCUAGGAGCAAAAAGGGAGGGAGUAGAAGAGAUGGAAGUGUUACUACGGACACUGACAGUCUGAAAGAUGGAGUUGAGGAGGAUAUCUUUGUCAAAGAUGUAAAAUAUGAAAAUGGUGAGGUGAAAGAGAUGAGGAUGACAGGCUCAGGAACACAAGAAGUAGAUAGUGACCUGUCCACAAGAGAAUUUGGUCAAAGUGAAACCAAUCCUGAAGAGAGGUGGAAUUUGGUAAAUAAUACAAAUACAGCAUCAUGUGAGUCUAAUUUACCUCAGAAAUACCCCCAAUAUGAAAAUAUAUUGUGUUUAUCACCAGAGGCUAGAGGAAAUGAGAAUAAGGUAAACAACUUGCAUGCAGAUUUAAGCCCCACAAUGGAAGCCACAUUUGAAAAUGUCAGGGCACAGAAAACAUGCAAGGUGAAGCGGAGAGCUCCUUUAAAACCGGACUAUUUGAACACACCAGAUGACAAUAUAGCUAACAAUUUAAUGGCAGAAGAACCUGACAAAAUAAAUCGAGCUAGUGUGGAAAUAAAUUUAGAUGCAGAGGCUCUCAGUGAAAGCCCCCGGGAUAUAAUAUCACCAUUACUACUUGUAAAUGGUGUUAGCAUCAAUCAGAGCCCUCCUGAUCAAGCCAGCUUGUCCUCAAAGUCAUCCUACUUCUCUGCAGAGAGUGCGUUACACAGAAACCCAGAGACCGAAGCAAAUGUUUACCACUCUCUGGAGAACUUGAUUGGAGAGGUGGAGGAUGUUGAUGAGAUGAUGCGGAAUAUUUCACGAAACACAAAACAUGAUUCGGACAGGACGGAGGUGGAUUAUUACUCUUUCAGUGAUCAUGAAAGCGAGCCGGAGAUUUUAAAGUCUCCUCUAAAAGAGACACAAUGCAAGACCAACCAAGAAACAGACAAUACCAACACAGUUCAAAAAGUAACUCAUGACGAAAAUAAUCAGACACCAAUGUCACCCUCCAACAUUUUCUUGCCAGCUGCAGCGAUCCCUGCCUUAUUUAAGGUCAAAGACAACACAUUCAGUAAUAAGUUGAAGUUGAAGCCUGUACAACCGUGGUCACCAAGAGGGAGUAUUAGUGGUUCAGAGAAGGGAGAGGAGGUACAUCAAGUAAAGGAGAACUCAGAGCUCCCUUUAGCUAAUGAACCAGCCACAAGAGUUAUAACACCAAUUCCAGAUGAAAUCUUCAAACCUAAAGAUAUUCCAUCAAACAGUUCACCUCCCCCACCUCUGUCAACUCCAAAUCUGCAAAGUGAAAAGAAACCACAAACUGGAUGCUUCCUCACUGUCCCACAGGAGGACGACAGAUUGUCAGGGGUGAGUCCGUCAUCUGAAGGAGUGGAGAGCUUAACAACCAGCACAGCUGACACAGCAGAUGAGAUGGGAGUGAGUGCUAUAGUGACAAAAGUUCCCAGCGAAUGGUCAGGGUCCACCUGCAGUGGUAAUGACAGCCAAACAGGGCUGCCUAAACCUCCAGUCGUCCUACCCAAAUCUGAAAAGGCUGUUCUCAAAGCCAUGAAGCUGACAAAUAGAAGGAUGAAGAAGGAAGAGGCCCAGAAGCCAUCCCACAAAACAUCACAAAGCAGCAGCAAACAUAAAGGGGAUAGACACAAGAGUGACAAAUCAGAGCACAAAAACAGCAGCAGAAGUAGCAAGAGCAGCGAGAGAAAUCACAGAGAGAAGAGUGAAGAUGGUCGUCAUCACAGUCAAAGCCACAAACACAGUGAUGACCACAGUGAGCAACUACCCUCUGAAAGAAGAGACCACAGCAAGGAAAAACAGCACCGCGACAAAACCGACGUGCGCCACAAGACUCGGAGACAGAGUCAUGAUUCAGUGGGAAGCAACACCCAGAACAGUGAAGCUCUACCUGGUGUUGCAACAGAAAGGCAAGGACGCACCAGCAACAGACACAAUCGAGAGAAGCCAGAGCAAAGACACUACAGUAGCGAUAGAGUCAUCAGUAACGUACCUGUGUACAAAGCUCAGCUAAGCGAGAGACCCAUGUCGGACAAACCAUUCCACCGAACACAAAGCAUUGAUAGGUACCUAGGAGAUAAAGAGGAGCGUAGGCUCAGUAUGGACACAUCAAUCAAUGAGAAGCUUGAUCCAAGAUCGCAGCGUAUAGAAAAAUCCAUCAUGGACGAGCUUCAGCAGAGAGGCAGAGCCAGAGACAAGGCAAGCAAAGCCAACCCAAUCAGAAGGAGUCACAGUAUUGAUGCAUACCCUAACCCUAACCCUAACCCCAACACUUCAACCCUGUCCCGCCAGUCAAGCCACAACAGCCAGCUUUCUCGACAGUCUAGCAUAGAACACGCCAUUGUCACGCAGUCCUUUCCUAUGACCCAACGGAAGCUCCUCCAGGAUCCAGACUCCGGGCAGUAUUUCUUUGUAGAUAUGCCCAUACAAGUCAAGACGAAAACCUUCUUUGAUCCUGAAACAGGAAGUUAUGUGCAGCUGCCAGUCCAGCCGCCAGAGGGUGCCGUUCCUCAGGCAUCCCCCUUGGAGGUUUUGACCCCACCUCUAGUUGUUUACCACGGCUUUGUCCCAGUGCCUCUGUCUCCCAUGGCUCAGAAAGCUACCAUCCCAGCCCCUCAUUUGGAACCAGAGGGGUUCGGGCAGAGAAACGUAGAAAGGUUGAGGCAGAUGCACUGUACAGAGGGGCAUCCAUAUUUAGAGCCCGUCUAUGGUCAACACGACCACAUGUUAGGGGAGUUUCUAGGAACUGAGGAGCUGGACUGUCCGAGCUGAUAGACCAUGAGGUUUGAAAAGAAACACCUACCCUCUGUUUACACUGUUUUGCCAAAAGUGUUUCAGGGUAGACGUCUUUUCAACCUUAACAUCUUUGUAUUGCUUUACUUACCUUAAAGGGUAACGUCAGUUUUUCUCAACAUGGAUUCUAUUUUUCCAUAUUUUUGUGUAUAGCUGAUUAAAGUAAACAGUCAUUUUUGAAACUGGCCCAGUAUUGAGUGAGAGAGCUGCAGGUGGCAAUAGUGAAACACGCUACACUGUAAGCAUUGUGGGCAAUUAUGCAAAGGAUCUCUACAAAGAUAUUUUUGAGACCAUUUUGUUAAGAAGUAAAAAACAUUUUGUUUAACCAGAAACACUGCCAAAGUUGUUACUGCCAAAGCCAAGACCCCAUUUUAAUAAACUAGUUCUGUUAUCAUAAAACAAACCACUGUACCACCCUGACGCAACAAUUUCAAACUCUGAUUUGGUAUUAAAAAAAAACUUUAUUUACGUAGUUAAGUGUGACACUAAAAUGACGACUUUGUGUUUAGUGGGUUUGAUAAUGGUAAUUUUGGGGCUCUUUCUAUUUAAACAAAAAGAAUCUUACUCUUAAACAUAUAGGUCAACCUCUGUAGGGAUCCUUUCCAUACAUUGUCAGACUCAAUAUAAUAAUCUGAGCCUGUCAGUGGCAAAAAACAAACAAAACAAAACAAAAACAGCCCUUAGUGGUUGCAUUGCAGCUUUUUGCAGCUGCAGCCCUUUACUCCAAGCCUGGACCAAUUUCAAAAGUUGUUGUUCCAAUUAGUUAGUUAGACACACAAAAAUGGGGGAAUAUGCUCCAGGUUGAAAAAUUACAACAUUACCCUUUAACUUUCAUGAGACACAGAAGCUACUGAGGCCUCAACAGGUUUUGUGAUGAGUUCGACUCAAGUGUAAACUGACAAAAGAUAGUGAGUUUGUUAAUUGUUGUUGAAUGCUGUUGUUUGAAUGUGAGUUGAAGGAUUUGUAUAAGAUAACGUGCAAUUUUUUUUUUUAGAAAGACGAGAGACAUGGGCGAUCCAUGUACAUAAUGUAUUUAAGUUUAAACAGAGGGUAAGCUUGAAUGUAAAUGUGAAAUAUUUAUUGUAAAUGCUGAGAGUUUGUUAUAUACAGUGGUGUUGGGGUCUCCACUGCUUUUCAGGUAUUGUGGCUUUUUGUUUUAUUUUAUUACCUGCCUUUGUGGCAUUGAGAUUAUUUUUCACAUGACAGUUUGCAGUCACUUAGAGAUACUUGAAACAAACAGAAUUCACUCAAAAAAAAUAGUAAUUUGUUUGUUAUUGAUUGGAACUGAUCUUGCCUACACACCUGAACAUAUAAAACAUAAUGCAUGCUAAAGUUGAAAUUGCCGUUGCACCUGUUUAAUGUGUUUGAUACAAAACAAAUUUAUACUAUCUAAAAGCUUGAACUGGCAAUGUUGCAAUGAAUGUUUUUUAAUACGCAGAGGACAUGAAGGAGAAUUUUUUUGUUUUGCAAGUUUGUUGCAUUGGCAAUUUUUCUAAACUAGAGUAAAGCAGGGCUGAAUUGUGUCUGUGAUCCAUUCCAAUAAAAAAAUAACUGUUGCCACAGA